CUUUAAACACUUAGCGACCAAUGGUACUGCAGUUCAGGAUAGGCUGUUCAUGUAUCCGCGUGAGUGGGACCUGAUGCCCACUAAGGAGCUCACCGAACCGGUCGCCACUGCCCUUUCUUUGCUGAGAACGGCAAGUCUGGAGUACGGCAUCUGGCUUCUGCCCAUUGAUAUGACACUAGCCACUUCUGAAGGCUACAAACCGACCGAUACAAAGCUGCUGCGGCUGGGACAGAUCCAGUUUAUGCAAUAUGACAGUGUCCUCUAUGUGCAAACGCCUGGUUUGUUGCUCGACACUGCCAAGUUGGAUGCUAUGCUUCUCUCCCGACCGCUGCCAUUGCGACAUGACAAGAACAGAAUCGAGUCAUUCAACAAUGAAGCCUGGCUGCCUAUGCCCUUGAGAGCAGAGAGAGACUCGGCUCUGCCUCCCGUAUACCUGAUUACGGUGAACAGCGUGGAAAACGGCCACAUUGAAGCUCGUGGCCAUGUUCCAAACACAGAUAUUUCGGGAUUUAGUAAUCUGGUCACGGGGCCUGAUGGCGUAUUGUCGCCCAACGAAGAUGAGUUCAAUCCUGAUGAGCAACCAGGCUAUGUGUACUUUGAGCAGGACGAUGAUGGUCAUGUUAAAUGGGCCCAUAAUCCACUAUUCGGAUCUUGGCGGGUUGGGCAACAUGAGGUCUGCGAAGGCCUCGACCUUGAUGAUGCAGUCCACGGUGGAUAUGAUUUGUGAAUCUUCUUUCUUCUUUGCUUUUGCAUAUUGGCUGGUUCCUAUG